GCGGAGCGCUCGUGGGAGCCCGCGCACGAGCGACCGCCGGCGGGGGCGGCUGGAGCCGAGGGCGAGGGCGCGGGCGAGCCCGAGGAGUGGGCGGAGCCGUGGGAGCCCGUGCACCCGGCAGCGGACGUGCCCGCGGCAGCCGAGGAGGACGUGAUGCUCGCGGAGUUCCACGCCUCAGCCGAGGGCACCGAUGGCGAGGGGGAGUACGUGCUUGAGAUACCAGCCGACGAUGAUGUUUACAUGGAGCCAGAGCCGGAGCUGGAUGCAGGUCUCGACGGGCAGCCACUGGACGAGGCGGGCGAUGAGCUGGACGGGCCCGGGGUCGACGCCCGCCCGCACGGCGACGACGUGGACGUCUCUGGCUACCUGGACGUGGCCGUGCAGGACGAGCCAGAGGGGGAUUGCGCGGGGCAGCUCUGGCUCUGA